CCAUGCGCCAACAUCGUGUGAAAAAAAGGGAUUUUGGUGUAAGUUGGUUCAUGUAGGACGAUAUUCCAUGAAACACUGAGCGGCAGUCACAGAAAAUCACACUUGACUCUGCGUUGCGUCUCGCUUUCCACCUCCGCUUGCGCAAGAGCGAAAGAAGCGGAAAGUCAGUCGGAUUUUUCUUUAAACCCUCCCAGCCUCUCUCUUUCGCGCACGCUCGUGGGGGCGGAGGUGACGAGGGAAAUCCGCUAGUUCCUCUUUUUUUCGGCGUCAUGCAUAAAAACUAAGUGUUCAUGGUGUCUCCUGUCAGAUAAGCGCAAGCUCCCGUGGAUGUUAUCAUAACGCGCUGCUGGAUAAUACCGUUGUGUUUUGGAUAUGUCCGCGUCCGCAGAUGUCGAGAGUCAGUCCGUUGUGCGUCCCCGCGGCAGGUGCCUGGACGCCUUUCUCACUACGUCCGUGGUCUUGCUUUUCGUCAUGUUUCUCGUCGCGCUCGGUGGCGCGCUGCUCUUCGCCAAACACCUCGAGAGCGAAAUAAACACCCGCAUGCCCCGUGAAACAGACGGAAGCGUGAGCCCGCGUAUUGCGCCAAGUCCGUUAACGGAAUCUGAAAACUCAUAUAAGGUGCAGAAUUUUGCACACCUGAGAGCCACAAACAGUGAACUGAAGCCAGGUGUGAUGAAGUGGGAAACUAUAGAGUACGGAGAAGGUGAAUCCAUCGGCUCUCUAUACCAAUAUGAGGAAAAACAGAGUGUUCUGAACGUGAUGGCCAGUGGAAGUUAUUUUCUGUACGCCAAACUGACUUUCUAUUGCGUACACGUCUGUCCACCUGCUCACUUCAACGUCAUCUUUUACGAUCAGUUAGAAACCAAACAGUUGACCUGCUCAGUGUCACUGCCAGAUUAUUCAAAUUCAAACGCAUCACAUCCUGUUACCCGGACGUGCUGGCAGGUAGUCACCCUUUUAAAAAAGGAAAGUCGACUCUUGGCUAAAACCGAGUUUACAGAAGAAUUGACUGAAAAACAGAAAAACUGGAGACUGGAGUUAAAUGAUUCUGGGUUCGGGAUGUUUCUGGUUGACGGAUGAAUGCCAUAAGGUCAUUGCGCAUGCGCAUGAGAAACCGAACUGAUUGUGGAGCUGCUGUGUCCUCUUGACCUUCAUCCAGACUUUGACCUUCUCAGGAGUUCUUUCGCUCUGCGGAGCAGGUCUGUACGGAGUCGGCGCUUACAAAGUUUGAGGACAUUUCUGCAGAUUUUCAAGAAGUUUCCUUAAACCCGGUUGGUCAUAAACAUCCUCCGCUCAGUGUUAAUUAAGUAUAUGGACUAAUACUUACAGCUAUCGAUACAAUAAUGUGCGAUUAUUUAACAACUUUUAAACCGACAAAAUGUCGCAAAGCUAAACGUGAGAGACGUUUGCACAUUUUGCAUGGAUCUGCUGAUGACCGACCAAUGACUCUUAAGCACUAUUUAUAAUUUAAAUAUAUUUAUAUAUGAUUUACAUGUAAAAUAUCUAUAAUAUUUAUGCUUUGUUUUUAUAUAUUUGGUUCAGAAAUGUAUUUAUGUUUACUUUAAGUGUACAACUUUGUAGAUAUCACUACAUAUAAGCAGUAUGUUAGAGGUCAAACCUGACAAAAAGCUCAGCCGAUAGUCUCCGGUAAAUGCAGCCAAUUUUCACGUUCACAUAUCAAUGCAUAUACUGUGCGAAGCUGCAGAUGUCGAUGUUUAUUACAGAAAUCUGUGGCAUACGAUCUAAGUUUGUUUAGUCUGUAAUGUGACUGAAAGUUCAGCAGAUAUGAUGGAAGCACAUGUUGUACUGUUUAUUGUGUGGUGGAGCAUUUUUUGAAUGCUAUAUCAAACUCAGGAACUCUAGAAAUGAAUGUAAUGAUGAUGACAGCUUUGAAAUGCUUUAUUUUGUAUACUAAGUAAGAAUAUUUAAUAAAUGUUAAAUGUUCAUGGUA